AUGUCUCUCAACUGGGUAAUGCUUCAUGACCAGGAAGGCUUUGUCCGCCUUCCCAACGAACGUUUAAUAUAUUCCUCGCCUCCCCGCACCAGUGUAUCCCUAACCCCGCCAUCCGGAUACAAAGGCGCAGAGAAGCUUUCAGUCCAAAGCAGCGCAGGCUGCAUUCAUCUCACCAACCAAAGAGUCGUCUAUCUCCCGGCAAGCCGAACAAAUGAUUUCCAGUCCUUCUCAUCACCACUUCUGAGUGUCAAGGAUUCUCAUGUAUCAGCUCCAUUCUUCGGUCCAAAUGUAUGGACAGCACUGGUACAGCCCGUAUCAGGAGGAGGCAUUUCACCAUCCCUGCCAGCCGUGCAGCUGAAAGUGACCUUCAAGGAAGGGGGAGCAUUUGAUUUCCAUACUAACUUUGAGCGCAUCAAGGAGCGACUUGAACAGGCCGUCGAAAAUGGCAGUGAAGGCACCCGCGGCCAGCGAAACGUGGAUCUCUCUGCUGUCCACCUGGAAGAGUUGCCCGCGUACGAGGCGCCACCUAACGCAACGCAGACCAGCGCUGUUCCCAGUGAACUACCCACAGAGCCUACAAGCAGCCGGGUAUCCGAUGCAGGCACCGAGCCCGUGGAACCGCCUCCAUGUUAUGAGGCAGUGCAAUCACAGAGUGUCGCAGAUGAGCUGGAGGCGCGGUUACGGCGAACCAGCUGA